AGUCGUAAAUUGUCAUUAUAAGGGAAUUCAGAGAUAUCACGCAACAGUUUUAGCCGCAUGUUGUGCGUUUGAUCACAGAAAUCAAUAUUUGUAGUUGGAAUGUGGAAAAGAAUAGCAGGUGAAGUAAAUGCAUGGCGCCGGUGAAGAGCAAUAAGACUACGGCAAGAGGAAAAGAAUAGCAGGUGGAGUACAUUUAUGCAUGCCGCCAGUGAACUGCAGUAUUAAGAAUUUAAGACUGCAACAAGACAUCCAUCAAAAGUGAAAAAAAACACGUGUAAAAGAAGUCUCAUGAUUAUUUUCUUGACAUCCAUGAAAGCUUGAGAGCAUCAGCAGCAGCUGUUCAUUUUCUUAAAGUUCACAAUUCAAGGCGUGCUAAAAAACUUCCACUCGAGUUUAGUGAACGAAGUUUACAAUGGGUUUUCUGUCUCUAUUCGUUGUGGCAUUGAUGCCAGUUCUGCAGACACUCUUAGUUACCGUUGUUGGUCUGUUUCUUGGAACGGAGCGUAUAAAUCUCUUUGGGGCAAUUUCCAGGCAGUCUUUGAAUAAGCUAGUAUUUUUUGUGUUCAGUCCUUCACUGAUCGUCAGCGACCUGGCCGAUACAAUUACACUAGACAGUUUGGGAACCUUAUGGUUCAUGCUAGUGAAUGUCCUUAUCACAUUCCUUAUUGGUUCCGCACUUGCAUGGAUACUCAUAAAAAUCACAAGAGCUCCUCAACAUCUACAAAGCCUUAUCAUUGGUUGUUGUGCUGCAGGAAAUUUAGGAAACUUGUUUCUGAUUAUCCUCCCAUCAGUCUGUGAGGAGGAUGAUAGUCCGUUUGGAGAUUCUUCUGUUUGCUCUACUGAUGCAGAGGCUUAUGCUGUGCUUUCUAUGGCGUUAGGUGCAAUAUAUAUAUGGUCUUAUGUGUAUCCUAUCAUGCGGAUAUAUGCAAACAAGGCAACUAAAGACACUGGCACACAUGGCUCUACGACAAGGGAUAACAUUUCAGGAGAAACCUCGUACUUACAUUCAGAGAUUGGCACAGAACCGCUCCUUCCUUCAGAGGACUGCCCAAGCUCAGAGGAGCGUAUGGAUCAAGUUGAAGUAUAUUUUACUGGGUCCGAAGGAAAAGCAAAGGUAAUGUUUCUGGAAAAGACUAUGCUGCACCUUAAGAAGCUUACUGGGCAUGUGGACCUCAAAAAAUUGUUCGCGCCGUCUACAAUUGCAGCGAUUUUUGGGUUUAUCAUUGGAAUAGUCUCUCCAAUUCGAAAGGUACUGAUUGGGGAUGAUGCUCCUCUCCGUGCCAUCUACAACUCUGUGAGUUUGUUAGGGGAAGCAGCAAUACCAUCUAUGACACUGAUAAUUGGAGCAAACCUUCUUAGAGGUCUAAAAGGUGCCAGAGUAAGUCCAUCACUUAUUGUAGGGAUUAUCACAAUUCGGUACAUCAUCAUGCCUUCACUGGGCAUUGGUAUUGUUAAGGCUGCAAGCCAUUUUGGCAUUGUGGGAUCAGAUGCAUUAUAUCAGUUUACACUUAUGCUUCAGUAUGCUCUUCCACCUGCAAUGAAUGUAGGUACCAUUUCUCAAUUGCUGGAGACAGGAGAGAGUGAAUGCUCUGUCAUUAUGCUAUGGACUUAUGCUGUGGCAACAUUCUCUCUGACACUAUGGUCUACCAUCUUCAUGUGGCUUGUUUCUUAAUCUGGAUUACUUGAUUCGUUUGAUGGCCUGAAAUCAUUUUUUAGACGGCAUAAAAACAUUCAAACAGAGACCUAGUUCUUUAUCAUUUCUGUUUGGGCAUUUGAGAUAUUCUUAUUGCCCUGAAGCAAACCAACAUCCACAUAUUCCUCCACAUAGAUUAUUUGCAAAAAUGAGCAAAGAAUAAAAGAAGUGCUAGAUACUACAUCUUCAUCUCACUCCUAUCAACUUUGUAUUCAACUUUGAAUUGGUAUAAAAUAAUACUUUGUAUUCAA